CGAUAUUUCCGUCAGUGUCCACAAUGUCGGUUUAACAUUCGCUGUGCUUCCAGGCGUUUCUCUUUCUUUACCUCUACAUUCACGAGCUGCUACGACUCAUAACAUUAUUCUCCCAUACGACUUCGAAUAAGCUGGACCGCAAUGGCGCCUUCCAAAAGAAACCGUUUCUUAGAAUUCUACACCAAGCUCGCUUCCUUCAAUGUUGAAAACCUCUUUGUUAAUAAAAGAAAGCCGGGACCCCCUAGGAGGAUAUUCGUCAGUGCAGAUCUUCCUCAGGAUUAUUGGGAUAACAAAGGGAAGGCGAAACCUGAGCACGUCUAUAACACGAACCAGGUCAUCACAUCUAAAUAUACCCUGUUAACCUUCCUACCCCGAAAUCUACUGGAGCAAUUUAGAAGGAUUGCAAAUGUCUUCUUUCUUUUGAUUGCUGUGCUUCAAUUCUUUGGCGUCUUCAACACGAUUUCUCCAGGAUUGGUUAUCUUACCUCUACUCAUCGUUGUGGGCAUCACUGCAGUUAAGGACGGCUAUGAGGAUGUGAAGCGGCAUCAGAGCGAUAGGCGAGUCAACCACACCUCAGUGAUGGUACUGUCUAGCAGCGAAUGGAACAAUCCCAACAUAAUGCAGCCCAAAAGCCGAACAUUUGUGCGGGGACUGAUUCCAAAACGUUUACGACCUCAGGCUGUGAAACCGAACACAGUGAACGUUGAAAGGACUGGAGGCGUUAGUGAUGGCUCCAAUCAGGACCAGCUUGCUAUGUUCCCAGAAGAUGUUGAAUUUGACGAAGAAAUCCCAGAACAUGAGCGACGAUUUUCGUUCCACAGUCAUCAUGUAAAACGGCCUCAUUGGAAAACCAUCAUUUGGGAAGAUGUCUGCGUAGGCGAUAUCGUAAAGAUUCGUGACAACGAGUCUUUUCCUGCGGAUAUCCUCAUUUGCGCCACUUCAGAAGACGAGAAUGUCGCUUUCGUAGAGACGAAAAACCUUGAUGGAGAGACUAAUCUCAAAUCCCGAACAUCAGUCCCCGAAUUAAUUCACAUGCGCACUGCCGCAGCCUGCGCGAAUAAGGAGAAUGCGUUUAGCAUCGAAUUGGACCGACCUGAUAACAACAUGUUCCGGUUAAAUUCGACAGUCAAUAUCGCUCACGCAACUCCCUCUCGCGUCUCCGCGGAUAUGAGCAACAUACUUCUUCGUGGGACAGUGCUUCGGAAUACCAGCUGGGUUAUUGGCGUGGUUUUGUUCACUGGCGAAGAUACAAAGAUUGUACAGAACUCAGGUGGAACGCCUAGCAAACAGAGUAAGGUUGAAAGACAAAUGAAUCCACAAGUGAUUCUGAAUCUCAUCCUGCUCGCCAUGAUGGCAACUGCUUGCGCCAUCGUUGACUCGGUUCUCGAGAAGAGAGAUUACCCUGGCGGUGCCCCAUGGUUAUAUGAUGACAACACUUCAGGCGACAACCCGUCGAUUAACGGACUAAUAACUUGGGCCUUUGCAUUGAUAACCUUUCAGAAUAUUGUUCCGAUCUCUCUGUAUAUAUCCAUUGAAGCAGUUCGAACGUGUCAAGCGGCUUUUAUCUACUUUGACUCGCAUAUGGUUUACGAGAAAACCGGUCAAACAACAUUGGCAAGAUCGUGGAAUCUGUCCGAUGACUUGGGGCAAAUCGAGUACAUAUUCUCUGACAAAACCGGCACUUUGACUCAAAACUCCAUGGUGUUCCGACAGUGUUCUAUCGGAGGCCAGAUAUAUACUGGUGAUCCCGAAGACGAUUCAUCUCCAAAGGCUAGGGAAAGCAUUCCAUCCAAUUCAGAUUCGAUAUCCGAGGACGCUCCGGACCUUCCGACCAAAGAAACUGCGGCUGCGACCGGCAAGCAGCCGUUCUUUCAUUCAAACAAACUGUCCAAGGAUAUCUCCACCAUCCUUCAUUCUGACUCGACCUCUCCAAACGCAGCUCUUGCACGCGCAUUGAAUGGAUUCUUCACUGUCCUUGCUCUAUGUCACACUGUACUCACAUCCGUAGACCCAGACACCGGAAAGAUCGAAUACAAAGCUCAAUCUCCCGACGAAGCGGCUCUCGUGAAGGCUGCAGCCGAUGUUGGCUAUGUUUUUCGAGGACGCGAAAGAGAGAUAUUAUAUCUUCAGACACCUUUUACAAAUGACAAGGAUCACCUUGCAGAUCAAAAGGAUAAGUAUGAAAAAUACGAGCUUCUCAACAUUUUAGAAUUCAACAGUACCCGAAAGCGAAUGAGUGUGGUUCUCAGGAGAUUAGACGGGGAUGACGGCCGUGUGUUCUUAUUGAUGAAGGGCGCAGAUAAUGUCGUAUUCGACCGAUUAAAAGCAGGGGUUGACCAGCCACUUAAGGAUCAGACAGAGAUGCAUUUAAGCGAAUUCGCCAAUGAAGGCUUACGCACGCUCACUUUGGCGUAUAAAAUCGUCUCCGACCAGGAGUAUGAAGCGUGGUCUCAUAGGUACCACGAGGCUACAGUGGCUUUGGACAACAGGGAAGAGAAGAUAGAUGCUGUUUCUGACGAGCUGGAGCAGAAUCUCCGUCUUCUCGGCGCUACUGCCAUUGAAGACAAGUUACAAGAAGGAGUCGCAGAGACUAUCGCAGAUUUAAAAAGGGCUGGGAUCAAAAUCUGGGUUGCUACCGGGGACAAACUGGAAACCGCUAUCGCCAUUGGACAUAGCACAAACCUCAUCGGAAGUGAUUCCAAUAUCGUUGUAAUUAGAGGGGGGCAUGGUAGUUCUCGUCCGGUGUAUGGGCAGAUGGUCAGUGCCGUGCAAGAGUUCUUCCCCGAAAGCGGAAUCUUGGAUGACAAUGGGGCAGUCACUCCAGGUGUACUUCAUCGUCAGCAGUCUAACUCAUCUAUUCAUGAUGUUCAACGUCUUAUUCCUCUGCAACGUGUCCAAACUGGUAUCAGCUCGAUCGUCGGAUCCGAUAAUGGUUCCAGACCUGGAGGCUUUAUUCUCGUCAUAGAUGGCGCAGCUUUGGGCGACGCGUUCGCUGACGAAAACAACAAAGAUCUCCUUCUGCGUCUAGCAAUGCUAUGCGAAGGAGUGAUAUGUUGUCGGGUUUCGCCCUUACAGAAGGCACUCGUUGUGAAGUUGGUCAAGGACGGUUUGGGGGCGAUGACUCUCGCAAUCGGGGAUGGUGCUAACGACGUUAGCAUGAUACAGGCUGCAGAUGUAGGUGUGGGCAUUUCCGGUGAAGAAGGUCUGCAGGCUGUCAACUCCUCCGACUAUGCUAUUGCACAGUUCCGUUUUCUGAAAAGGCUGCUUCUUGUACACGGGCAUUGGUCGUAUGCACGUAAUGGUAACAUGAUCUUGAAUUUCUUCUAUAAGAACAUUGUAUGCAUAGGGGUUUUAUGGUGGUUCCAGAUUUACGAUGCAUGGAGUUCCGCUUAUGCUUUCGAAUACACCUAUCUUCUGUUCUGGAACUCGUUUUGGACGAUCGCACCGGUAAUUGCUAUAGGCAUAUUUGAUAGGAUAGCUGGUCAGUGCUUCGCCAAUCGCAGAAGCUUAAGUAAACGACGACACCCAGAUUCUCAUAUCCUCAUGGCACUCCCUGAACUGUACCGUUUCGGCCGCGAAGGCUCGUGGUUCUCGAUGAAAUGGUUCGUGCUGUAUAUGUUGGAUGGCGUCUAUCAAUCUACCAUCAUCUACUUCUUGAUUAACUACACCUAUUCUUCUACGCCAACAUCUCGGAGUGACGGUUAUGGUCAAUAUCAAUAUGAGUUCACCACGACUAUGGUUUUCUCAGCGGUCUUAGUCGCUAAUUUGUUCAAUGGAUUGAACACUGCUGUUUGGACUGGCUGGGUUUUCUUUGCGGUUUUCAUAGGCAUCAUCCUCGUUUGGAUCUAUACGGCGAUUUACGACCUCAUAUCACCUGGUUGGUUCUAUACGCCUGUAUAUGGCAACAACAUCUUCGUAUUUCAUUCAGCAUACUUCUGGCUGUGUCUCCCGCUCACUGUCUGUCUCGCACUCGCCCCUCGGUAUAUCCUCAAAGCAUACAAAUUCAUUUUCACGCCGGAUGAUCUCGAUAUCAUGCGUUGGGCGAAUAAGAUCAAUCCUGAUAGGGAUUAUGCAAAGGAAGCCUAUCUGCAUAACGGUCUAGCAGCUCUGAGAAGGAGUUCAAGUCGGGCGAUAUCUACUCGUGAUGUUGAGGGAUCCGCCAGUAACCUUUCGCUUCAUACGACAGACUCCUACAGGCGAUCGCGUUCCGCACUUCCUGGUCCACAGCAGUCGACAGCUUCCUUUUCCGCAAGCAGGACAGAUAUGUCUACUGGUAUACGCUCGGUGCAUCGUGGGUUCGACUUUUCCGCUGAAGAAGGCGGGCCGGCGAUGCGGAGAAUGCAGAGCAAUCUGUCGGAGAGGAGAGGUAACUCACAAUUGGGAGGUCCAAAGGCAAAGAGCGGAUCUAAACGAUCACGAGUACUGUCCCUCAUCAAACGUAAACCUAACGUUCAUGCGCCUCCAACGUAGAUCGUUCUAUCUAUCCAUUUAUUCACUGGGACCUUUUUAUUGUAUACACACUAGUACUUUUUUCUUCACUAUAUCCUUCGAUAUCCUACUCACACCUUAUCGUGUACACAAGGUAAACAUACAGAUCCUAAUUAUACUCCACGUAUAAUAUAUAGACGACAUGCGUUAUUUUUCUUCAUACUCUAGUUUUUAUUGUAUCUUUUCGCCUCGACCUGUAUGUAACUUGUAGUAUGUAUACUGAGGAAAAACUCAAUUUUGUCGGCGGUACAGACAGUUUUGUUCCAGUACGCUAGAGUUGCAAUCUAUCUGUCAAAUAGAUGGAUAGACAGAUAGAUAAAUGCAGC